CGAGCAUUUGAUUAUCUCGAGCAGCUUCAAUUCCUCGGUCAACCCCCCUCCUCGGUUCCUCGUCUGUCCCUGUUUCCGUCCCGAUCGCCUCACUCCACAUCCAUAAUGUCCGUUUCCGCCCAGGCCGCAGCUCGUUGCUGCAGACAGAUUGUCCGCCCUACCGCUACCCUGCGCCUUGCUCCCUCAUACCUGUCCCAGCGGACAAUCAGUCGGAGAUGGCAGUCCACUGAGGCGGAGGCCCCUGCUGCUCCUGCCAACCCCAAGAUCACCCAGAUUGUCGACCAGAUCAGCCAAUUGACGCUGUUGGAGACCGCCGACCUCGUGGCCAGCCUGAAGUCCCGCCUGAAUAUCCCCGACCUCCCCGUUGGCGGUUUCGCCAUGGCCGCUGGACCCGCCGCUCCCGCCGCCGCUGAGGAAGACGAGGCCGCUCCUGCUCCCCAGGAGAAGACGCUGUUCAACCUGAAGCUCGAGUCCGUCGAGGCCUCCUCCAAGGCCAAGGUCAUCAAGGAGAUCAAGACCCUCCUCGGCCUGUCCCUGGUCGACAGCAAGAAGUUCGUCGAGUCCGUUCCCAAGGUCCUGAAGGAGUCCGUCCCCAAGGAGGAGGCCGAGAAGAUCGUGGAGACCCUCAAGGCUGUCGGCGCCAAGGCCACCAUGGAUUAAACGGGCUAUUAUACUCACUCUCGGCUUCGGCUUCCGGGGACUUUUUAAUGCUACCGGGUCACCCGGUCCUCCUCCUGUUGUUUGGAGCAGAUAUGCUUUAACAUCGGGGGUUUUGGGUUCGGGGGCCGGGACGUUGUGAUUGGACUGCAUCAUCGAGCUGGAGUUUUGUCUCGCACCACCCUUUUUCGUCGUCAUGUACUGUGUGUGUUUUUUCUAUCUAUCUCUUUUCUUUUCUCCGUCAUAUAUCUCUUAAGAUUGUUCUGAUAUAACCGGAAAGCGGGCGGAAAAGGCGGCGAGUGUACAUUAUUAUCGCAUUGAAAUGGACAAUGUGUGAACAAGAUGGA